AGUUUUUGCGUCCGUCUCUCUUCGGUCCAGGACCUACCUACAGCCGUCUGCCUGCUGCUGCCUCAGAAAAAACAGAGAAGACCGAGGCGAGGCUGAGUUAGAGGAGAGAGAGAGAGAGAGAGAAAGAGAGAGGGAGAGAGAGAGAGAGAGAGAGAGAGGAGCCGAGGGGUGGACCGCUAAUUUCAUCCACACCGUCUUGAAUGCGCCGAGGAGCGAGUAGCUUGAGCUGCUGCUACAUUACCUCGCCGCGGACCGGAGGACCGGGGACACAAGUAGACAUAAAGACAGACAGCUUUAGACACCCGUGUGUAGGAUGGAUUCCUAUGAUGGAGACGGUAACUACAUGCACCAGGAAGACGACUGGGAUCGGGAUAUGCUCCUGGAUCCUGCAUGGGAGAAGCAGCAGAGAAAGACGUUUACAGCGUGGUGCAACUCUCACCUGAGGAAAGCAGGAACGCAGAUCGAGAACAUCGAGGAAGACUUCCGGGAUGGGCUGAAACUCAUGCUGCUGCUGGAGGUCAUCUCAGGUGAACGCUUGGCCAAACCAGAGAGAGGCAAGAUGAGGGUCCAUAAGAUCUCCAACGUGAACAAAGCGCUCAACUUCAUUGCCAGUAAAGGAGUGAAGCUGGUUUGUAUUGGAGCAGAAGAAAUUGUUGAUGGGAAUGCUAAGAUGACCCUGGGAAUGAUCUGGACCAUCAUCCUCCGCUUCGCAAUCCAGGACAUUUCUGUCGAAGAGACGUCUGCCAAAGAGGGCCUCCUGCUGUGGUGCCAGAGGAAGACCGCGCCCUACAAGAACGUCAACAUCCAGAAUUUUCACAUCAGCUGGAAAGAUGGUUUGGGUUUCUGCGCGCUCAUUCAUCGACAUCGUCCAGAGCUCAUCGACUACGGAAAGCUGCGAAAGGACGACCCGAUGACCAACCUGAACACGGCCUUCGAAGUGGCGGAGAAGUAUCUGGACAUCCCUAAAAUGUUGGACGCAGAAGAUAUCAUUAGCACCUUGAGGCCAGAUGAGAAGGCCGUCAUGACCUAUGUGUCGUGUUACUACCACGCAUUCUCAGGCAAACAGAAGGCGGAGACGGCAGCAAACAGGAUCUGCAAGGUGCUGGCCGUCAAUCAGGAGAAUGAGCAGCUGAUGGAGGACUAUGAGAAGCUGGCCAGUGACCUGCUGGAGUGGAUCCGUCGUACCAUCCCCUGGCUGGAGAACAGAAUGCCCGAGAACACCAUGCAGGCCAUGCAGCAGAAGCUGGAGGACUUCAGAGACUACCGACGCCUCCACAAGCCGCCCAAAGUUCAGGAGAAGUGCCAGCUGGAGAUCAACUUCAACACGCUUCAGACCAAACUGAGACUCAGCAACAGGCCCGCCUUCAUGCCCUCAGAGGGAAAAAUGGUCUCGGACAUUAACAACGCCUGGGGAAACCUGGAGGGAGCAGAGAAGGGCUACGAAGAGUGGCUCCUCAACGAGAUUCGCAGGCUGGAGAGACUUGACCACCUAGCUGAGAAAUUCCGCCAGAAAGCAGCGAUUCAUGAAGCCUGGACCGAAGGUAAGGAGGACUUGCUGCAGAAGCGGGACUACGAGACGGCCUCUCUGUCAGAGAUCAAGGCCCUGCUGAAGAAACACGAGGCCUUUGAGAGCGACCUGGCUGCACAUCAGGACCGCGUGGAGCAGAUUGCAGCUAUUGCCCAGGAGUUAAACGAGCUGGACUACUACGACUCCCCCAGCGUUAACGCUCGCUGCCAGAGGAUCUGCGAUCAAUGGGACUCACUGGGAGCUCUGUCCCAGAAACGCAACGAGGCUCUGCAGAGAACUGAGAAGCUGCUUGAAACCAUCGACCAACUGUACCUUGAGUUUGCCAAAAGAGCAGCUCCAUUCAACAACUGGAUGGAGGGCGCCAUGGAGGACCUGCAGGACACCUUCAUCGUCCACACCAUAGAGGAAAUCCAGGGACUGAGCACAGCCCACGAGCAGUUCAAAGCCACACUGCCAGAGGCUGAUAAAGAGCGCAUGGCCAUCCUGGGCAUUCACAACGAGAUAGCUAAAAUUGUGCAGACUUACCAUGUGAACAUGGCCGGCACCAACCCCUACACCACCAUCAACCCACAGGAGAUUAAUGCCAAAUGGGACAAGGUGAGGCAGCUGGUGCCUCAGCGCGACCAAGCUCUGAUCGAAGAACACGCCCGGCAGCAGAACAACGAGCGUCUGCGCAGGCAGUUUGCCACCCAGGCCAACAUCAUCGGGCCCUGGAUCCAGAACAAGAUGCAGGAAAUUGGCCGCAUCUCCAUCGAGAUGCACGGUACCCUGGAGGACCAGCUGACGCACCUCCGCCAGUACGAGAAAAGCAUCGUCAACUACAAGCCAAAGAUCGACCAGCUGGAGGGAGACCACCAGCUUAUCCAGGAAGCUCUCAUCUUCGACAACAAGCACACCAACUACACCAUGGAGCACAUCCGUGUGGGCUGGGAGCAGUUACUCACCACCAUCGCCCGUACCAUCAAUGAAAUUGAGAACCAGAUCUUGACGCGAGACGCCAAAGGCAUCAGCCAGGAGCAGCUGAAUGAGUUCCGGGCUUCCUUCAACCAUUUUGACAGGGACCAUUCGGGCACUCUAGGCGCGGAAGAAUUCAAGGCCUGCCUGAUCAGCCUGGGCUUCGAUAUCGGCAACGAUGCACAGAAGAGAACAGGAAUCAUGGAUGCUGAUGACUUCAAAACCUGCCUUAUCUCCAUGGGUUACAACCUGGGUGAGAAUGAAUUCUCCCGCAUCAUGAGCAUAGUGGAUCCCAACAGAAUGGGAAUUGUCACCUUCCAGGCCUUUAUAGACUUCAUGUCCCGCGAAACGGCUGACACGGACACAGCAGACCAGGUCAUGGCGUCCUUCAAAGUACUUGCUGGGGACAAGAACUACAUCUUAGCUGAUGAACUUCGUCGGGAGCUUCCUCCGGACCAGGCUGAGUACUGCAUCGCCCGCAUGGCCCCUUACACCGGGCCCGAUGGCGUCCCCGGGGCCCUCGACUACAUGUCCUUCUCCACCGCUUUGUAUGGCGAGAGUGACCUCUGAACACUAUCCUCCAGACCCGGGACCACCAGCCUACCUGCUCCAGUCACCACCACGUUCUCACACAAUCACCACACUCCUGUACUACCACGCUUGUGUUUUUGUACGUUUCUGGCCUUAUCUUUUUGUCCGUAUCCUCCAUGUUGUUUCUCCCUCAGCCUGUUCGCCGCUCCCUCACCUUAUUUGCUUUCCAUGCAAUGCAGCUGCUCUCCAGGUUUACAAAGAGUGGGAAAAAGAAUUAUUUUGUUUGUUUUUAUGUUACUUGUUGUCAUUGUUUUUCCUCAAAAAAUGAAUAAAGUAAACAUAUUUUAUUAUACUGAACAAAAAAGGUAUUUUUCUUCACCUGAUUGAAAUAAGAGAAAAAGUUGUAAUAAAGAUUAAAGAUGC